CGGUGCAAUAAACGGGCAAUAAGCCAAUAAGUUGAAGUGAAACAAAUAUACCUUACGAUAAUUUCACAAUAAAAUGUGGAAUAUAAAACUCUCGAGACUUUUUGGUACAAUUAUUAAAAAUCAAAAACUGCAAAGGGAGAUCUAUAAGAAUUGGAUACUAAAUACAACUGCUGUUUUUAAAACAAGCAUGUGCACUGACACUUUUAAUAUAAACCUUCUCUCUUCAGAAGAUAAAGAGAAAAUACUCCAAGUAAUAAAUAACAAAACCAUAGAAGAUUUAUUACAGUAUUCCAUUACUAAACAGCGUGCACAAAAAUUAGAAUCGUAUCGUGAAACUAAUGGACCAUUUAAAUCAUUGGAUGAUCUGUUACAAGUACAGAGUAUGAAUAACAAAUGUACAUAUAAUUUUUACAAAUCAAUCAUAUGUGGCAAGAAAAGGAAAAAUCCUAAGAAGAUUAUGUCAGGCUUAGUUGUAACUCCACAAAGUACUGGAUAUAAUUAUAAAAAUAUCAACACAGUAUUAGGCAUAUACAUAGGACAUAACAUCAUAAGUUGGUCAUUAUUAAAUCGUAAUUGUGAAGUAUUACAGUGGAGCUAUAAAUCUUUUCCACGAACAGACAAAAAAGAAAAUAUUCAUUCUUUACUUCAAGCAACACUACCAAUUGCUAAAAAAUUACCAAAGGCUGAUCGGUACAUAAUGCAAGAGACUGGUAGCGAUAUGGGCCGUAUACAAAACACUCAGUUUUAUCAGAACUUUGUACAACAAUCUAUAAUGGCCACUAUUAUUUUGUCACACCUGACAAUGGUUAAUAGUAAAUUUAAUGAUACUACAGAGUUUGUGACAAACAACAUCUGUAUACUUCGGCCGCAUGUAUUACGGAAAAUCUAUGGACUUAUAAUAGACAACGAGACGAUUUCGACACAAUACAUGCUACAAAAGCUACUGCAGGAAAGCGAAGAACCGAUAAAAACAAAGGAACCAAAAGUGUUAAUAAGAACAGAAUUAAGAAACAUGUAUAACACACAAAGUUCUGUUUGUCAAGAACAGAUUGGUUGGUCAUUAUUGAUAGCGUUAGCUUUCAUAGAAUUAGUUGUACAUAAAAGAACUGACAUGAUUCUUCGCGAAGCUACUCAAAAAUAUGAAAUGUGA